GUGACGUCAGCCGUGGUCACCCCCGUGCGCGUGCGCGGGAAGCGAUGCGGUAGCGGCGGUUGGAGGGAACGGGACACCGGGCGGCGACCAUGACCCAGCAGGGCGCGGCGCUGCAGAACUACAACAACGAGCUGGUCAAGUGCAUCGAGGAGUUGUGUCAGAAGCGGGAAGAAUUGUGCCGGCAGAUCCAGCAGGAGGAGGAUGAGAAGCAGCGGCUGCAGAAUGAAGUGAGACAGCUGACCGAGAAGCUGGCCCGAGUCAACGAGAACCUGGCUCGCAAGAUCGCCUCUCGGAACGAGUUUGAUCGGACUAUUGCGGAGACAGAGGCAGCCUACCUCAAGAUCCUGGAGAGCUCGCAGACCCUGCUCAGUGUCCUGAAGAGGGAAGCAGGAAACUUGACCAAGGCCACAGCUUCAGAGCAGAAGAGCAGUGGAGGCAAGGACAGCUGAUGGGCCCCGGAUGGAGGGCCCACCUCCACUGUAGUCAGCCCCCAGAAAGUCUGUUUUCAAAGCCCCGGUCCCUCAUGGCAGCAGUUUCCUUCCUUUAGUGUCUUCAGUGCUGCAGGAGGCAGCUGCCAACCUCCACUGGCUCUGGGUGACAAGAAAGCCCUUGGUGUGGCCCAGCAAGUGGGGGUCCUGGCCCUGCCCUCACACAGGUGCUGGGUCAGCCCUACUCAGGGCCUCUCUGAGGCCCCCACACUCCCUUGGGCUGCAAGGAAGGACCUGCUUCUAGUCUCAGCACCAUAGGAGGUCCCUCAUCUUGUUCCUCAGCCAGCAAGUGCCCAGGUCAAUGGGGGACAGGCUGGGGCCCUCCUUCACCUGAGAGCUUGCCCUCGGGGCAUAUGACUUAUCAAUAAAAGUUGUGUUUGUAAA